AUGGUACCAAAUAUACGAUAUAUCGGAAAUUAUGACAUAAAUGCGGAAGGGAAAUUUCUUUGGGAGAUCCUUUGUCAAUUGCGAAAUCUUGGAGUUGGAAGAAUUGUGACGAAGAAUGAAUGGGGGAGAAAAUGGCCGAAACAACCGUCUUACCUAAAAAUUGUUCAG